GCACGAGGCACUUCGAAUGCGCAUGCACGGGGGUGACGCUGGGAUGAAGUGUUGUGAGCGGGAGCAGCAGAGCCGGCGGACCUGAAGUCCCUCAACCCGCGGGAUGGGGCGAGGCAAGGCGAGGCGAGGCAAGGCGCAGGUUGUUGAAAGCCAAAGUGGAAGAGAAAACUUUUCAAAAGCAGCAUGAAUCACUAACCAGUGAGAAUAUCACAAAGUAUAGAGACAACUCUACCAAACUAUUUUAACUGACAACUAACUUUUCAAUUUAAGUGUUAUGACCAGGGACGAAGGAUACAGAGAAGAAUUUAGCUAUGACAGAAUGCCAACUUUGGAGCGUGGAAAACAAGAGAAUGGAAAUUAUGUACCGGAUAUCAAAUCCAGUGACCUUCAGCUAUCGAAGAGACUUCAUCCUUGUUUUACUUAUAAAACAUGGAUCUUUUCUUUCUUGAUGGGGACUUGCCUGUUUUUGACUUCUGGAUUUUCACUUUAUCUGGGAAAUGUUUUUCCAUCUGAAAUGGAUUAUUUACGUUGUGCAGCAGGUUCAUGUAUUCCUUCAGCAGUUGCGAGUUUUGCUAUAGCAAGAAACAAAGUUCACGUGAUAUCCAAUUUUCAGAUUAUGUUUGUCUCUACAUUUGCUGUUACAACAACGUGUCUCAUUUGGUUUGGAUGCAAACUUGUCCUCAAUCCAUCAGCAAUAAAUAUAAAUUUCAAUUUGAUUCUGUUGAUUCUACUGGAAAUCUUCAUGGCAACUACUGUGAUCAUUUCAGCUAGGUCUAAUGAAGACUGCUGUAUGAGGAAACAAAAUACUGCAUAUGACAAUAACAGCAUGUUGAGCAAUGUCAGCUUUCCCACUCGGCUCUUGAAAUCCUAUUCAGUAAUUGAGGUGAUCAUUGGAAUUUCAGCAGUAUUUGGUGGCAUAAUUGCUCUGAAUAUGGAUGUGUUAGUAUCAGGUCCAUCUCUUUCAGUGACUUUCUUUUGGAUCUUAGUGGCUUGCUUUCCAAGUGCCAUUGCAAGUCAUGUAGCUGCUGAAUAUCCAAGUAAAUGUUUGGUUGAGGUCCUGAUUGCCAUAAGCAGCAUCACUUCUCCAUUACUAUUCACAGCUUCUGCAUACUUAUCCUUCAGUAUCAUGCGAGUUGUGGACAUCUUUAAAAAUUAUCCACCUGCUGUUAAACAAUCUUACGAUGUACUUCUGUUACUUCUGAUGCUGAUCCUGUUAGUUCAGGCUUUUCUUACCACUGGCACUAUUAUACAGUGUGUAAAUUACAAAACAAAAAUGAAAUUGCAUGACUCAUCUUGGACUAUUCCACAGAUUAAAAAAACAGAGUACAGAACAGCGGAGGUCUCCAAUAAUACCAUGAAGGAUUUUGACAAAGACAAAGCCUGGAAAGCUGUUGUAGUGCAGAUGGCUCAAUAACUUGGAUUCCACGAAUGCUGCCAAACAAUACAAUAAUUUGACUUUUGGACUCAAGACUUUUAAACUCUGCAGUUUGUAAACAACGUGAUAGCUAAAGAUGUAGAGGCCAAGGAAUAACAGUUUAUUUACAAGAAAAUACUGUAGCCUUCUAAUAAAGUUGAAAUAUAUAGAUAUUUCCUAAUGUCCUAAUCUUUUGUGUAAGGAUGUUAUUAGUUUAUUGUUAGCGUCUUUGCUUUAAAGAUCCUUUUGGAAAGAAGAUCAUUAAUCAUAUAGGGUUAUACAUUUAUGAAUUUUAAAUAAAUAUGGCAACAUGCA